UGCAGCCGGGAAGCCAGCGAGGUCGGUUCCGCCCGACUCUGACAUGGCGGCGCCCUUUGUCUGCUCUGAAGUGCCGUCCCCGGCCUUCUCGCGGCCGUGAUGCACCUCCCUCUACGGUGGGGUCCGGGACAUGGCAGGUGAUGAGCUGGAGGAGGAGAGCCAAGCUGGAGUUUACGCAAACUGUCAGAAAAGAGUAGCCUGGGCUCCUUGGAAAUCUGAGCCAUGGACUUUCCCCAGCACAGCCAGCACGUCUUGGAGCGGCUGAACCAGCAGCGGCAGCUGGGGCUUCUGUGUGACUGCACUUUUGUGGUGGACGGUGUUGACUUCAAGGCCCACAAAGCAGUGCUGGCGGCCUGCAGCGAGUACUUCAAGAUGCUCUUCGUGGACCAGAAGGAUGUGGUGCACCUGGACAUCAGUAACGCGGCAGGCCUCGGGCAGGUGCUGGAGUUUAUGUACACGGCCAAGCUGAGCCUGAGCCCUGAGAACGUGGACGAUGUGCUGGCUGUGGCCAGCUUCCUGCAGAUGCAGGACAUCGUCACAGCCUGCCACGCCCUCAAGUCCCUCGCCGAGCCCGCCGGCAGCCCCGGGGAGAAUACGGUGGCCUCAGCCACGGAAGGAGGAGACAAGAGAGCCAAAGAGGAAAAGGCGGCUGCUGCCGUGCUGAGCGAGCUGGACCCGGCCGGAAGCGGUCCACCCACGGGCCCAGACAGGGAGCCCAAGGAGGAGCGGGGCGGCCAGGCCGAGAGCACGGCCAGCGGUGCCGAGCAGACAGAGAAGGCCGACGCCCCCCGGGAGCCGCCCUCCGUGGAGCCCAAGCCCGACCCCACGAGCAGCAUGGCCGCUGCGGAGGCCGAGGCCGCCUUGUCGGAUGGCUCGGAGCAAGAAAUGGAGGUGGAGCCGGCCAGGAAAGGAGAAGAGCAGGAGGACGAAGGCGCAGCGGCCGCCGAGGUCAAGGAAGAGGGGCCGCCGCUGGAGAAGGGGGAGCCCCCCGAGGAGAGCGAGGAGUCUGCCAGCACGGACUCGGGCCAGGAGCUGGGCACCGAGGCCCGGGGCCCGCGCUCGGGCACCUACGGCGACCGCACCGAGUCCAAGGCCUACGGCUCGGUCAUCCACAAGUGCGAGGACUGCGGGAAGGAGUUCACGCACACGGGCAACUUCAAGCGGCACAUCCGCAUCCACACGGGCGAGAAGCCCUUCUCGUGCCGGGAGUGCAGCAAGGCCUUCUCGGACCCGGCCGCCUGCAAGGCCCACGAGAAGACGCACAGCCCGCUGAAGCCGUACGGCUGCGAGGAGUGCGGCAAGAGCUACCGGCUCAUCAGCCUGCUGAACCUGCACAAGAAGCGGCACUCGGGCGAGGCGCGCUACCGCUGCGGGGACUGCGGCAAGCUGUUCACCACGUCGGGCAACCUGAAGCGCCACCAGCUGGUGCACAGCGGCGAGAAGCCCUACCAGUGCGACUACUGCGGCCGCUCCUUCUCCGACCCCACCUCCAAGAUGCGCCACCUGGAGACCCACGACACCGACAAGGAGCACAAGUGCCCGCACUGUGACAAGAAGUUCAACCAGGUGGGGAAUCUGAAGGCCCACCUGAAGAUCCACAUCGCGGACGGGCCCCUCAAGUGCCGAGAGUGUGGGAAGCAGUUCACCACCUCAGGGAACCUCAAGCGGCACCUUCGGAUCCACAGCGGGGAGAAGCCCUACGUGUGCAUCCACUGCCAGCGGCAGUUCGCGGACCCCGGCGCUCUGCAGCGGCACGUCCGCAUCCACACAGGCGAGAAGCCGUGCCAGUGCGUGAUGUGCGGCAAGGCCUUCACCCAGGCCAGCUCCCUCAUCGCGCACGUGCGCCAGCACACCGGCGAGAAGCCCUACGUCUGCGAGCGCUGCGGCAAGAGGUUCGUCCAGUCCAGCCAGUUGGCCAAUCACAUCCGCCACCAUGACAACAUCCGCCCUCACAAGUGCAGUGUGUGCAGCAAGGCCUUCGUGAACGUGGGGGACCUGUCCAAGCACAUCAUCAUCCACACUGGAGAGAAGCCCUACCUGUGUGACAAGUGCGGUCGUGGCUUCAACCGCGUGGACAACCUGCGCUCCCACGUGAAGACCGUGCACCAGGGCAAGGCGGGCAUCAAAAUCCUGGAGCCAGAGGAGGGCGGGGAGGUCAGCGUGGUCACCGUGGAUGACAUGGUCACGCUGGCCACCGAAGCGCUGGCGGCAACCGCUGUCACUCAGCUCACAGUGGUGCCAGUGGGGGCCGCGGUGACCGCCGACGAGACGGAAGUCCUCAAGGCCGAGAUCAGCAAAGCUGUGAAGCAAGUCCAGGAGGAAGACCCCAACACCCACAUCCUCUAUGCCUGCGACUCCUGUGGGGACAAGUUCCUGGACGCUAACAGCCUCGCCCAGCACGUGCGGAUCCACACGGCCCAGGCGCUGGUCAUGUUCCAGACGGACGCGGACUUCUACCAGCAGUACGGGCCGGGCGGCACGUGGCCGGCCGGGCAGGUGCUGCAGGCCGGGGAGCUGGUCUUCCGCCCUCGGGACGGGGCCGACGGCCAGCCUGCUCUGGCGGAGACGCCCCCCACCGGCCCUGAAUGUCCACCGCCUGCUGAGUGAGCGGGCGUCUCUCCUCUGACUGUUUAUUUAAGGAUGGACGGCACCCUAGAUCUGAGAGGGGUGGCCCCGUUCCCUAGAGAAUAAAUUGGAUUAUUUUCUAA